AUAUUAUGUAAAUAAUUUUAUUCGUGAUUAUGUAUUAACGGUCAGCGCUUUAAACUUGGCCAAAAUGCUAAUGACUCUGUGCUAAAUAUAUGCGGCGCAUCUCUCAAGACGUUUAACGAUUUCAAGCCGCGUUGCGUUGCGUUGCGCGUCGUCGUUGCCAACAACAAUGUUGGAGGAAGACAACGCCUCCCUGAAGAAGGCCUCAAUCACGGCCACAGUCUCCACAGCCGCUUCCCUCUUCGAGAACUCCAGCAAAUGUCAACCCAAUGAUAAUGAUGAUGACUUGAAUGUUGAUUGCGAUUCAUAUGGCUCAAUGGAAACACUUUCCGACACCGUCUCCAUAACAAUCGAUGGUGAAAAACAUUGGGUCUCAGGUGUGGAUUCAUCGACCACCUGUGCUGAUCUGAUUUGUGCACUGCUUCAGUAUCAGGAUCUCGAGGAGAAGCAUGGAAGUUCGAGUACGAAAGCGAUUGGCAAAUCAAACAACCAAAUUACCAUCCAAACCAAAGAGGAGGACGACCAACAGGCGACCAACUUUAGCAAGAGUCUAGUAAAGAAGAACUCGCAUGAAUACGUGAUUGUCAAGCAAUUGAGAAACUGUCAUUUCGAGGAAUAUUUGGAUGGCAGCACUCGUCUGCUUGACGUCAUUCCACUGCGAGAUAAUUUCGGCAAGAAACUGUGCGAGCUUCAGCUGCGAAAUCUAGCGAGAACAACACCUGCUCUGACAGCGGCGAGAGUCAACAACCAGAACCAUAACCAUAACCAGCUGUUCUCGAUGCUGUCCAUGUCAACCGAUAAGGACAGCGGCAUGGGCAGUCCCGUGGGCAGUUCCCGAAGUGAACGAUUCCGCAGACGGCGGGGCAAGCAGAGAGCUUCCAUUGCGGCUGCUGCUGCUGCUGCCACAAAGUCGGUGGCACAAAUGGCACUGCAGAGGGCAGCUGGCGAUCAACAACCAAAGCGAAGCAAGCAACAGCAGCAACAACAACAGCAACUACAACAACAACAAUCGGAACAACAGCAGGCAGAAGGAGAGCAAGAGGAAGAGGAGAAGGAACAUUGCAAUGGAAAUCCAAACGAACGUCUUAUGAAUAUUAUAUUGGCUCAAGACGAGACAAUCCAUAGGCAAAUGUGCCUGCUAAAUGAAAAGGAACAACAGAUCUUGAAGAUUGAGGAGGAAAAACAUCGGGUGAGGGAACGAGAACUGGGCAAAAACUAUUUACUAGAUGCCUACUUGAAGACGAUAGACAAACCAGCCGAGGCAGGCGAUGAGCAACGACACAGAAUACCGCAAUUUCCCACAGUUGACUCAAACCUUUCAGAUGACAUGCAAAUCUAUUGGCUCGAAAAGGUUUACACACUCAACAAGCAACUGCAACGCGAGGAGGAGCAACUGCUGCGACUGCAUGCGAAAGUGCGGAAGCAACAGGUGCGCUACGCUUACCACACGAAGGGAGAAGUGUUGCAACAGAUCGAUCGACUCGAUGGCGAGCUGGCCGUGCAGGUGGCAGACAUCUAUCGCGUGGAACGACAACUGUUGAUGGCCAAUGAGCAGUUGAAGGCCAAAUUGGGCGUCUUGGAAUGUUUGGGACGUGAGUUUGAAGUGUUGCCGCACGUGAACGAGAGUCCAGACCUUGCCCCCAGUUGCCACGCGAACGUGCAACAGCUACGCGAAACGAUUCGCAAACAAGAUCCACAGCAAAUCGAGAAGAAUUGCAAUGUGCGGCAGCUAACGGAUGCCAAAAUGCUCAAAAAGCAAUUCUUUGGCGUUGUUGACAACCCUGAAACAUCGUUAUAUGCCACCGAUCUGGAUAUCGAGCAUCUGGGCACACUUGUUUAGUUAUAAACGCAUCUUGUAUACCUGCUUUAAGCUUAAGUUCAAUCUGUAUAUAUAUAUAUAUAUCGACAUGUAUUCAUAUUCAUAUUCGUAUUCACAUUAUCACAACUUGAAGAGAUUCUCAAUAAUUUUACCAAAAUGUUACAAACUAACCAAAUGUUGAUCAUGUAUGUCAAACAUAUGAAUCUUGAGAUUAAAAAUACAAAAUACAAAAUAAAAUAAAGUAGUUCAG